AGGAUUGGUCGGUCUCUGUGCUAAGCUCUCCGAAUGGUUACUUGGGAGUGUUCUUCUGAGCUGCCUUUCUCGCUCGGGCGCCCCCUGCCGGUCAGUUUGCGAAGUGACAAGAAGGCGCAGUUGGUUAGCAUUGGGCAGCUGCCAGGUGGGAACGCGUCGUCGUUUCAUUCCUUUCUGUCGCGUGUCGUGUCACAAGGAUAGCAAGACGUAGUACGAUUCAUUAUUGUUGCUGCCUAGUUCUCAUAUGGUGAUGGGAUUCAGCAGCCCCCAAACUGAAUAUACCAGGACUAGGCCACUGAAGGGAAAUGAACUGGAGAAUGCAUUUCAGAGUCUCUGCAAGGAAAACUGUGCUUCAGACUGCCAGUUUACAGAGAUUAAUUGGAUGGAAGUCUCUGGAUCUCUGGAUGUAUGCCCAGCAUCAGCAUUUUGGAAAUUCUUCCAGUCUGACAGCCAGCAAAAAUCUUUCCUUAAUUCCAUUCAGAUCUGCCCUCUGCUUUCCUCAUGGAAAACAUUUGCUGCAGAAGACUUCAGAAAGUAACUUAAAAAAUACAACAGACUUGUCUGGGAUAAGGACCCAGGGAGUAAGGUUCUUGUCCCUAUCCACAUUCUCAAGAGUGUUUUUUGGAAUUGGCCAAGGAGGAAAUAAUGGUGGAAAUAAGAAGCUGAGCCUAAGAGAUGUGAUGGAACGCAUCCGGAAGAAAGAAUGCCAUAGGAUAGUAGUGAUGGCUGGAGCAGGACUCAGUACCCCGAGUGGGAUUCCAGAUUUCAGGUCUCCUGGGAGUGGGCUAUACAAUAACCUUCAGCAGUAUAAUAUUCCAUACCCUGAAGCCAUAUUUGAACUUAGCUACUUUUUCCAGAAUCCCAAGCCUUUCUUCAGGUUAGCUAAGGAGUUGUACCCUGGCAAUUACAGACCAAACUAUGCCCAUUAUUUUCUUCGACUUCUGUUUGACAAAGGGCUCCUUCUGCGCCUCUACACACAAAAUAUUGAUGGGCUGGAGAGAGUUGCUGGGAUUCCUCCAGAUAAACUAGUUGAAGCUCAUGGCACAUUUGCUUCUGCUACAUGUACUGUCUGUCGAAGAACAUAUUCAGGAGAGGAUUUCAGGGGGGAUGUGAUGACUGACAAAAUUCCCAAAUGCCCUGUUUGCAGUGGAGUAGUCAAGCCUGAUAUUAUAUUCUUUGGAGAAGAGCUUCCUCAUCGGUUCUUCUUGCAUUUGACAGAUUUUCCUAUGGCAGACCUGCUUUUUAUCGUUGGAACCUCCCUUGAGGUGGAGCCCUUUGCUAGUCUGGCAGGAGCUGUCCGUGGUUCUGUGCCCCGUGUUCUGAUCAAUCGAGACCUGGUGGGGCCAUUUGUGGUCCGGUCACAGCACAAUGAUGUAGCUGAACUGGGAGAUGUAAUCAGUGGAGUGGAAAAAGUGGUAGAACUGUUAGGCUGGAAAGAGGAGUUACAGGAACUAAUAAAAAAAGAAAAAGAAAAGGUAGGUCAUUUUGAUUUGAAAACUUUGCCUCUUGCACUCUUUUUAUUUUGCUGGCUGGAGUUAUGAAAACAAUACAAUUAAGGAUAAGACUUUAACUAAUAUAGACUACGCAGUUAUUUUAUCCAUCAUAGUCAUAUAGGUUUAUUUUUCUUGCAUUUGUUAUAGCCACCCAAUUCCAUGGGAUGCUAUCAUUUUCCAUCUUAUAUAACUCAAGGGAAAUGACUAUGUCACCUGUCCUUUGUGACUAUUUAUUGCAUUUUAUUAUUUAUUUCAGUAACAUUUGCUUUCUCAGAGUGAAAUUUGAGAUUUGGAAACAAUAAAUAAAAUUAUAAUUUGGGUAUUCCUUGCAUAUCAAACACUCAUUCAAUAACCAAAGUUGCAGUAGAACUGAAUGAAAGAUACUUAAGAUAGUUCCUCUAAUUUCCUGCCAUCACAGCACCCUAGAGUCACAUGAUUGUUAUUUGCUUGCCUGGCAACCAGCUCAUACUCACAAAAGUUGCAGCAUCCUGCAGUCAUAGGAUUGCCAUUUGCAACCUUCCCUACAGGUUUCUCAGAAGCAAAGGCAAUGGGGAGUUGGCAGGGAAGGUUCUGGUCAGUCUCCCACCUUCUGCUCACUGCACCACACCCUUCUUUUGGUUUCCCUGCCCUUGUAUCAACCUGUACCUUUCUUCCCUCUGUGUCCCUGUACUCGUGUGAACCUGUGCCCCCCCUUCCCUUGGCCUCCCUGCACUCGCAAUGUACCAUAGCACACUCCCAACUCGUGCAGCCUGUGCCAAUUAUGUAAAAUGAGCAUCACUCUGUUUUGAGAGAAGGCCGCACAGACAUAUGUUAAACAUAUUUUGUCUGACAACCCAGAAUGAUAUGAUGCAAAAUGUCAGUACAUUCUGCUCAGGUUUAGGUAAACAUAAGUGUGGUUAAAAUUGGUUCUUCUUUGUACAUUUAUUUUACCAUUUGGCAAUGGUAAUGUUUUUGUUUAACUAAAUACAGUCUCUACUUCAUCACUUUUUCUUUGGGGGGGGCGGGAUCUCAACAGUUGGUGUGGGUUGUAAUCCAUGUU